UUCUGAUUGCGAAAUAAGAAAGACAUCUUUGAGAAAUUCGCUUCUACCAAACAGAAAACAUAAAUUUGGCUUUAAUUCAUCGUCAAGAAUGCAAACGCAACAACUUGAGAGCUAACGUUGUUAAAUUAAUAUAAACGAAUCUCGACAUUCAUUUCUUGGAUCGAGGGAGACAAUCUAUCUCAAUUCCAGUUUUUUUGUUGCUUUCUUGAGAGGAGCUGUGCUCAUCGGAAGUUCAACUUGCCCCCACUUACCUUCAGACCCCCAGUCAUCAUCUCAAGCCUCGUUAGGAGGUUUGUUUUCGCCCCAGCAUGCCGAGGAGUCUCCGCGAAACGUGCGCUAGAUCCCAGGGCGGUAACAUUGGACGAGAACGUGGCCCCCAGCUUUUCUGAUCUCGACGACGAGAUACUGAGGAGUUUUCUCGCCUACAACAGGCAGAGUUUUCUUAAGACGGGAAGUGACGGCGCCCUCUCGUGGCCGAACUCCAUAAAAAGUCUACAAGAAGACUGAACGAAACGAAACUAUGUCAAUAGACAUACGCCAAAGGACCCUCACAAUUUACUGGGUCUUUACUAUACCUUUGAUGUGUCAUCGAAAUCGCACACCAUGAUUAAGAUGCCAAAUCGUUACUCCUGCACUGUAAUCUGAACGAUUUUGGCUAUUUUAGAGACUAUAACGUUUCCAGGAAAGGGGAAAAGAUGGGAAUUUUUAUAUUUAUUUUUUUGGGGGGUGGGGGUGGUGUUAUGGUUGAAGUAUAAACAUAGGACUAAAUUUGUUUGAGAAAGAACUGAAAUUCAUGUCGAUUAUUAUUUUUAUUUGCUCAUAGUUUUUGCUCUCUGUUCAUCUCAGGACGGAAAUAAACAUCUAUUCUUAACCCUU